AUGUCGCACAAGCGAUCAGGCAAAACUGUGCGUCACGGCUUUCCUUACCAGCCGACUGCUUUGGCCUUUGACCCUGUGCAGAAGAUCCUGGCCGUGGGCUCCAGAACAGGCGGCAUACGGAUACUGGGACGACCCGGUGUGGACUGCUACUGUCAGCACGAGAGCGGGGCAGCAGUUCUUCAGCUACAGUUUCUCAUCAAUGAGGGAGCGCUGGUCACAGCCUGUGCGGAUGACACACUUCACUUGUGGAAUCUCCGUCAGAGGCGACCGGCUGUCCUCCAUUCGCUAAAGUUCAACAGAGAGAGGAUCACGUUUUGCCACCUUCCCUUCAUGAGUAAAUGGCUGUAUGUGGGGACAGAGCGUGGAAACACGCACAUCGUUAACAUCGAGUCCUUCGUGUUGUCCGGAUACGUCAUUAUGUGGAACAAGGCCAUAGAACUAGCAACUAAAACCCAUCCAGGACCCGUAGUUCAUUUGAGCGACAGCCCAAAGGACGAAGGCAAGCUGCUCAUAGGGUUUGAAAGCGGGACGAUCGUACAGUGGGACCUCCGGGGCAAGAAAGCCGACUUCAGAAUCUACUAUGACGAGGCCAUCCAUUCAGUCGGCUGGCAUCAUGAAGGGAAGCAGUUCAUGUGCAGUCACUCAGACGGCAGCCUGUCCAUGUGGAACCUCAGAAACACCACCAAGCCGUUCCAGGUCACCUUCCCUCAUGGAAAGAUACAGAAGGACGGGAGAAAGGAGUCGUGUAAACCGAUCCUCAAAGUGGAGUACAAGACCUCGAGGAACAGCGAGCCUUUUGUUAUCUUCUCUGGCGGCCUUUCGUACGACAAGGCAGGGCGCCGGCCCACGUUGACCAUCAUGCAUGGCAAGGCCAUCACUGUGCUGGAGAUGGACUAUCCUAUUGUCGAGUUCAUGGCACUCUGCGAGACUCCAUACAACAACGAGGUCCAAGAGCCUUACGCGGUGGUGGUGCUUUUGGAGAAGGACUUGAUUGUGGUGGAUCUGACCCAGAGCAACUUCCCUGUCUUUGAGAAUCCUUACCCCAUGGACAUCCAUGAGUCUCCAGUUACCUGCACAGCCUAUUUUGCAGACUGUCCGCCCGACAUUAUCCCCAUCCUCUACUCGAUAGGGGCUAAACACAAGAAGACCGGCUACAGCCACAAGGAGUGGCCAGUCGCUGGAGGAACGUGGACGUUAGGCUCCAACACCUACCCAGAGAUCAUCGUCACGGGACAUGCUGACGGAUCAAUUAAGUUUUGGGACGCAUCCGCAAUCACGCUACAGAUGUUGUACAAGCUGAAGACCUCCAAAGCCUUUGAGAAGCCGAAGCCAGCUGAGGGCCGGGCGGCCGAGAUGGUGGAAGAAGACCCCUUCGCUGUUCAAAUGGUCAGCUGGUGCCCCCACAGCCGCAUCUUCUGUGUGGUUGGCAUCUCGGCCCACAUCAUCCUGUACCGCUUCAGCAAGUACGAGGCCAACACUCAGAUAGUGUCACUGGAGGUCCGCCUACAAUGUGAGUCGGAGGACAUCAUCACUCCGUCUGAGAAUGAAAACAAUCCCUGCUUCUCCGAGUCCGGCUCCCACUCACCUCAGGCCCACCACCAACACCCGGCCAGCCCCGGCGGCGGCACGCCCGAGGGCAACAAAGACAGCAUCCCGUGCAUUAAGGUAAAGGACCGGAUGGUUCGGGUCCCUCCGGGGUACCAGGCAGAGCUGGUCAUCCAGCUGCUGUGGUUAGAUGGAGAACCACCACAACAGAUAACCAGCCUGGACAUCAACUCUGCCUAUGGCCUCUUGGCGUUCGGGAACUGUAACGGCCUAGCCGUGGUGGACUACUUGCAGAAAACCAUCCUGUUGUGUGUGUCGACACUGGAUCUGUACGGAGCUGCCGAUCCGUACCAACGCCUUACCCGCUCGCCGCGCAGGAACAGACAGUCCACCUCAGAGUUUUGCAUGCGCGGCCUGUCUAACUUUUAUUCAGAUUCAAAGAAAAGGAUCCGUACAUCCUAUCAGAGCCUUACCGAACUCUCUGACAACCAGCAGUCCGUUGACAUGGAGAGAAGCAAGUCACCCACCUCCGUUCAUUACCCAACCUCCCUUCACAAUGAGCCGCGCGUCCACCCAGAGCCCGUGGCCAGUCUGAGAGCCAGCCACUGCAGUCCAGUCUUUUACUUGCUGGACAAUGUAAAGGGACCCGGCAGAAAGUUAAGUCUGCCAACAGAUCUUAAGACUGAUCUUGAUCAUGUCAAUGGACAUUGCACUAGCCCCACCUCCCAGCCCAAGCCUCGCGUCCCGAUGGGCCCCGAGGGGCCACGGCUUACCCGCAGAGGCCCUGGCCGACCGCCCUUCCGCAAGGCCCAGUCCGCUGCUUGCAUGGAGAUCUCAUUGCCUGUGUCCCACACUGAAGGCUAUGCAUCCAGGAGGGCAAUGCUUCAGCAGUUUCACGGAGUCACUAUGUACUCCCACGACGAGCACCCCACCAGCGCCCCCUACUGCUGGAGUGAGAGAGAGAGCCGUGAAAACUCCUUCAGUCGCUCGCGCAGCUCCAGUGUUUGCAGCAUCGACCGGGACACCAAAGAGGCCAUCACCACCCUGCAGUUCGGAGAGUCCUACGGGCGCAAGAGUGACGCAAUGCCCACCCCGUGUCUAUGGGUGGGUACCAGCUUAGGCAUGGUCCUUCUCAUUCCCUUGUCCAUUCCUGCCGACCAGGAGGAAAGGAUGGAGGAGCCCGUGACAAUCGGACCCAGCGGCACGGUCCUGAUGCUGAAGGGCUCGGUGUUGCGCUUCAGCUUCCUGGACUGCAUGGGAGCGCUCAUCCAGAGCCCCCACGAGGUUUGGCGCGACGCCAACGCCUCCGAGGACCCCGACCGGCCGCGGAGGCGUAAGCUGGUCAACUUUUCGCCAUCGUCCUCCCAGGACAACUGCGGGGAGGGGCACCUGGCCGUGGUGUGCUCCGAGAAGCAGGCCAAAGUCGUGCUGAUGCCCUCGCAGUCCUGCCUCUUCGUCCACAACAUCACCGAGUCGUCCUUCGUACUGCGGGCCGACGUGGUGUCUGUGUGCGGCAGCGUGUGCCUGGCCUGCUUCUGCGCAAACGGACACGUCAUGACCCUCAGUUUGCCCAGUCUGAGACCGCUGAUGGAUGUGAAUUACCUGCCUCUGACGGACAUGCGCAUCGCUAGAACCUUUUGCUUCACCAACGGGGGGCAGGCACUAUAUCUCAGCUCCCCGACAGAGAUCCAGAGAAUUACAUACAGCCAGGAGAUGUGUGACAACCUGCAGGAGAUGCUGGGGGAGCUGUUCACACCGAUAGAAACACCGGAAGCGCAGAACAGAGGCUUCCUAAAGGGCUUCUUUGGAGGGAAUUCUCAUAACUUCGACAGAGAGGAGCUUUUUGGUGAGGCGUCGGCUGGGAAGGCUUCUCGCAGCCUGGCCCAGCACAUCCCCGGGCAGGCGGGGAUGGAGGGCAUGAAGGUGGCAGCUAGCGGGGUCAUGGGAGAUCUGGCGAGGGCCCGCGUCGCUCUCGACGAGAGGGGCCAAAGGCUCGGGGAGCUGGAGGACCGAACCGCGCUGAUGAUGACCAGCGCGGAGACCUUCUCCAAACACGCCCACGAGCUGAUGCUGAAGUGCAAAGACAAGAAGUGGUACCAGUUGUAAUAGCAAAGGAACGGCUGAGGCUGCAUUUCGGACUGCGGGGAGCUUGUGCCGCAACAGGACUUUCACUCUAUUAAUGAGAGCUUUUGAAGAAGAGGGACUCAAGAGGCACUUUGUCUUUACGGCUUCUGGACACGCUUACGGCACUGUCUCAUUGUUGGAGGAAGAGGACGUAUUAGUUCCUUGUCUAGACAGGAAUGGAUGAGGACAGAAAGAUGAGAGGCAAAUGGCGUGUGGGUGGGUGUGUGUGCGUGUGUGUAUGUGGUUGGGUUUUCUAGACCUCAGUGUGUAGAUACCAUAAAUUUAAGGAAACCACCAAGAAAUGCAUGAAACAAAAAUGGAUGACUAUUAAAAAGAUCCAACUGCCAUAUUAAAAAGCAGCAUGCUACUUUAACAGAAGAUACAGAAAUAAAACGUUAAAACGUUUUCUUUAAUAAUGUAAGCCAACAACAGAAACUAUGAAAAACGUUAUAUUUUUUGAAAUAUUGACAAAGAAAUAUAUAUAAAAAGGGAACCUUAUACCUGCAUCGCUAUUACGCCAAAACUCGUAUUCCUUUCCCUUUUUUCAAUUUUUUAUUUUCGGUUCAUUUGUGUUUUAUUCUAAGUUUCAGCAAAUAUGAAACGCCACAAUAUCGAUACACAUAGUUAGCUUUCUCUUCACACUUAUGCUAAUGCUGAAACGUUAUUCUUACCAAUUGCUCUGGGCUGCACGGUGCAAACACAAAUCAGUAGUAUGUAAUCGUUUUAUUCACAGUCUAAUCACAGUAAUUUCACUUUUCGGUGGCUGCUGCUUACAAAAGCAUUAAAUGACGAGGAAUAUAUAACUUCCCAGCUACAGUUGAAUGGAACCAUGAACCGAUUGUUGUGAGACGUAUUCAAAGGCUGAAAGAGUUAAAAGCACUCUGGACCCAGUGUGUUCACAGCUGUAGUACCAACCGAUGUACUAUUCACGUGCCAUACAAGACAAGAUGAGUGAAUCCACUGACGUGUUGUCGUCGUCAUUUUGUUUGAUCCGAACAGAUGACGCCGUACUUGAGGAGUUCAAGGGCAUUUACAAAAGUUAAAAAAAGUCCAUUUUCUUUGUGGGGGGAAAAAAGAAAUAUGACUGUGUUAUUAUUUAUUUAUUUUUGUCGGGUGUUGCUGGUUCACCGUUUCCGUCGUCGGCUGCCUUUGUUAGAUCUGAGUUCAGUGAGCCAUAGUGUGUGUGUGUGUGUGCGUGUAUGUGUGUGUGUGUCAGAGAGAGCACAAGAGACAGCGAGGGCCACGAGUGUGAAGCAGCUGAACUCUCUCUCUCUCUCUCUCUGCCAAAAGAAUCAGACGUGAUUGACAACCUCCCAUUUCUCUCCACCUCAGACUUGUAGAAGUUGCGGUUUGACGACUUUUCAGGGUUAAACUUGAGCGGUCCUCUUUUCAUGAUCACAAACAAUGAUUUUAAUGAUUGUCAACGUCUUUGUUAGGGGAGUAUUAAGAGGAAUUGGAGUCACAACCACUUAAUCGCUGCUUACUCCCUAGUGAGUUGUUUACCAGUAAACGGGUCCAGAGAAGUAACAGUAUUUAUUUCAGUGACGUUCAGAUGUGAGUCAGUAGUUAUGUUGUUUUCAUUUUUAUUGAUUUUUUUUUUUGUUCAAUAUUGUUCUUGACGACUGUGCUAUCCGCUUGUCACAGUCCUAUAUUUGAUGGUGAUGGCCUCUCAACAGAAGGCUGUUGUAUGUUAAAAACAACAAAUGUUUCACGACACAUGGUCGUGUAUCAUAUUGUGAUUGUGUUGUACAUGUCAAUGGGUAGCCACAUGACACAGGCAAUCGACAUUAACUGAAGAGGAUAUUUCGUACUUGUGUAUCUGUCUGUAUUUUGAAUCGAUCCGAAAAACCAAGCAGGAUUAUUGAUAUUCAUUUCUGACACAUCCGGCCUUUAUGCAGAAAAGCAUUAAGUUGUUGCUCCGUGAUCACAUCGAAACCACUCCCACAUAAAAUAUGCACAGUGACUCCUACGCACAGAACCUAAAAAAAUAAAACAAAUUAAUCCAUCUGCAUUACUAGUAGUUUCUGCCUGCUUCCUGUCAGGCUGCCGAGGGAUUCCUUCGGCUUGGCCUUUAAACCCAUUUGUUUUCACCAGACCCAGUCACCUGAAAUCCUAAAGACGUGUCACGCGUCUUUCAGUAUUACACAUGGUUUGAUUCAACGAGGUGUCUUAAACAUGUAAAAAAAGAAAAGAAAGAAAUGUAAUUCUUGUACAGAAUACAUGUAAUGUAUCUCUGUACCGUCAAUGAGAUGUGUGUUCAGUGCAGUUCUUUCAAUGGCAGAGAAAAAAACUAUUAAAAAAAAUCAAAAGAACGUUUAAAAAAUUGGACUUCUACUGACAGGGUGUUUUGUUAGUAUGUUUUGGGUUUUUAUAUUAACUGUACAGCUCAAUCUUGGCAGAACGGUGAAACAAAACACAAAAAAAAUACAAAAGAUAAAGACAUUCUUGGAAUAUUUUCUCUGUAUAUGUUGUACCUGUUACUGCUGGUACUGUAUCUGGUUUUCUGGCUCCAUCUAAAUCACUGGAACUCUGUAGUUCUUCACGCUGUAGUAUCCUGAAAAGGCAUUUCUCUGGUUUUCUCAAUGAUGGCAGCAAAGUUUGUCUUAUUUAAAUGGAUUCUACCACUUUUUGUUCUUAUUGAUAUUAUACUAGUGUAAUAGAAAUUACCUAAUAAAAAAGAACUGAACAUAUGUUGAUGCUAAAACAAACUGAAAUAAACAUUGAUUGAUGUACACAGUUGA